AGCUUUGGUGCAAAGCAUAUUGAGAAGGGAAGGGUAGUUAAAAGGCAAAGUAGGUCACUCGCCCGGGCGCGGCAUGGUGUAAGAAAAGCUGGGCUGAUUACGAACGACAGCUCCCGGAUACCCUGGUGGAAGAAAAACAGACGAGACUGCCGAGAAAAUAUGUGCCGAGCUUUCCUCGGCAGGGUCAGUCGAACUGCUUGAUUUGUCCAGCCUUUAAUGGUCUCUACUGGGCGGCGGAGGCGAUUGAAAGGCGGGCAGGGGAAGCCGCAAGAGGCAAUGGGGAGAGCAGGCCCCCUCAAGGAGCUAGUGCCGACUUCGUAUGCGUCUGGAGGCUGAGGGAGGGAUGCUGCCCGGGCAAAUAACGCCCACAGACGCAAAUGCUUUUGGCGGAAGAGGGAGUAGCGUGGAUUGUGCACUCCUGUUUCGGAACGGGUCUCCCUCGACCCUGCCCCUCCCCCAGGCAGCUCUGCGCUCCAUUAUUCGGGUUGUCCCCUUCAUGGGAGGUUAGUUGCAAGGGGCUGGGCGGAACAGGAGGCUGUAUUUUCUCAUUUGGGUGGGGCUUGCAAGCAAAUGUAGGCGACAGCUCUGGAGACUCAGGCCUUUAAAGUAAUUGGAGGCAUUACCUCACUUCAUGCUGGUAGUAUCAGGUGUUUCUUCCAGAAGCUCUUCCAGAGCAUUAAAAAAAGUAUGGAAGCAUCAGCUACCAAGGUCAUGAUUUAAUCAUACCUCUUUCCGUGUUACAAAGGGUUGUUUGGAGCCAAAAUCCGUCUAUGUUUGUGUUCUUUGUCUCAUUUAAUAUACUGCCCUAACUUGCUUGCUGUGAAGGGAGUAUGCAUCUGGAGAUCAAAGUUGCUCUGAACUUCAUCAUCUCCUACCUGUACAACAAGCUUCCACGGAGGCGGGCUGACCUGUUUGGUGAAGAACUAGAGCGGCUACUAAAGAAGAAAUAUGAAGGCCACUGGUACCCAGAGAAGCCUCUGAAGGGUUCAGGCUAUCGCUGUGUUCACAUUGGGGAGACAGUGGACCCUGUAGUGGAACUGGCUGCCAAGAGGAGUGGAUUAGCUGUAGAGGAUGUGCGGGCCAAUGUCCCUGAAGAAUUGAGCGUCUGGAUUGACCCAUUUGAAGUCUCCUACCAAAUUGGGGAGAAAGGGUCAGUCAAGGUCUUGUAUCUGGAUGACAGUGAGGGUUGCAGUGCAGCUGAGUUGGACAAGGAGAUCAAGAGUAGCUUUAACCCUGAUGCCCAGGUGUUUGUCCCCAUUGGAAGCCAGGACAACUCCUUGUCCAAUUCUCCAUCUCCAUCUUUUGGCCAGUCUCCUAGCCCUACUUUCAUCCCUCGCUCUGCCCAGCCCAUCACCUUCACUACUGCCACUUUUGCUGCCACAAAGUUUGGUUCAACUAAGAUGAAGAAAGGCGGAGGAGCUGGAGCUAGCACAAAUGGUGCAGGGGUCCCUCAGCAGCAGCAGCAGCAGCGUUUGGCCCGGUCACCCACCAAUGGCCUGCUGAAGCACAAAGGCCUUUCCCUCUCUAUGCAUUCUCUGAACUUCAUUGGGGGCAGUCCAGCUCCUCAGUCUCAGCUCUCCCCCAAUGCCAAGGAGUUUGUUUACAACGGUGGAUCCCCAGGAGCAGGCAGCCUCUUCUUUGAUGGCGUAGCUGCUGAGAACCAGGGUGGUGGCAUCCCACCUGCAUCCCAAUUCAGUGCCAGUGGUGGCAGCAGCAGCUUUGAUAUGGCUCAGGUUUUUGGUGGCAGCACCAACAGCCUCUUUCUGGAGAAGACACCCUUCGUGGAAGGACUCAGCUACAAUCUGAAUGCCAUGCAGUAUCCCAGCCAGUCGUUCCAGCCAGUGGUUUUGGCCAACUGACGACCAUGAGAGUAUUCUGGGGGAAAUAACUUCCAAAAAAAGAAAAAAAAGAAAGAGAGAGAAAAUAAUUAGAAAUAUUUGAAAUCUUAUAAAUAUAGCUUCUUGGAAAGAGACAAACCCUGAUUCGUUGCGUCAUGCCAGGGAACGCUGCUGAAGCACUGAUGAUUUUUUUAAACUCGUUUCCUGUGCUCUUUCCUACCCAUUCUCUUACACUUAAUGAGGGAGUCUAUCCUUCUCAGCCCAGUAGUGGUGUAAACCAGCAUCACUUUAUCUCCUGUGCUGCUCCUUGGAACUGGUUCUCAAGUGUGCUUACUAUAAGAAUGGUCUUGUUCAGGGCACUGUCAUGUCUCUUAGGUCAUAUGUGUUGACCCCUCCCCCCUUUUAAUGUGGAUUUAGUUUGCUUCUGGAUCUGUGAAUUCUCAAGUACUACUUAGAGGAAGAUUUGGGACAUGUAUUCAUUUCUCAUAGCCCUCAUUUAUAUUGCAAGAGAGUAACAAGUCUUUAAAAAAAACAAUUGUGCUAUGUAGACAUUGCAAAGAUAUUUUUCUUAAAGGUCCCUCAAGCCCCAGGAGAGUGCUGAAGGACAGCAUUGUUGGGGAUAGUUUAGUGUAGUGUUUCCCAUUUCAAAACCAUCCUCCUUCUUAGUCAUCCUGGGUGAGUUAAACUCUUUGGGCAAUUGGGACUCUUUUCAGUUGUGGUUAUAAAUGAGGGCUCUAGAAUCUGACUUACAAGAAAUACAGAUCCGUGUUUGCUGUAGAAGUGAACACAUCUUCUGGUGUUUGUACCUGAGCAGCACCUGCUGAUGUUUCUCUGGACCAACCACCUGGGUUUCCAGGGCUCUGAGCUCUUCUGUUUACAGCUGAGCCUUUAGCCAGUGGUUCUUACAGGAAAGAUGUUUCUUUUCCUUUCCUUAUGUGGAAUGCUUUUGAGCAUUACUUAUUGGUAAGGGAGUUACAUUGUAAACUGCUUUCUGGAUAGAUGGCAUGAAGUGUUGCACUUUGAAUUUCAUGUCUCUUAAGACUUUCGACCAAAAACUUUAUGAUUUUCUUCACAUGAAAGGAAGCAGGCAUUCCCAUAUGAAAGAGCUCCCCACAUAUCAGGUUAAGCAGGCACUUGUUCCAUCUUAAGACUCUGUCCUGGAGAUAGAGUGGGCUUGCUGUAGAAUUUCCAAGUGACUUCAAGUGUCAUGAGGAGAAAGGGUUGGUUCCCUGUGAUAUGAAUGUAGAGUGUCUUGUCUGUCCCUCUCCUUACUGUUGCUAGUGAGCUAGGAAUCCUAAUGCUGUUCCCUGCAUCUCCUCUUUCCUGCUGGAAAGGGCAGCCUAGAGGACAGGGAAAGUUGUGGCCUUUAAGAGUGAGAUUUUUUUUUGGGGGGGGGGGUGUAGAUAAUGACAAUAUCUGCCUUUGGCAGUAAACAUUUCCCCAUCUAAGCCUUGCGAGAUUAGUAGUACACUCACCCAAGGGAACCUAGCAAUGGCUUUAAGGGCUGAGAGAUCUUUGACUGAGUCACCAUGAGGGCAGUAAAGGUGGGAAGAGAGAAGGGAGUUGGCACAUAUACUCCAGGCUUCAAAAUCAGUCUCUCACCUCACCUUUUUUUGGGGGGGGGGGGGAUUUUUUUCCACAGCAUGCUUUUGAGUGCACAAAGUCUUGUUUUAGCAGUUUCUCUGGCAAAGUCAUUUUGAAUACAUAAGCUACAAUUUGUUCUAGAGGAUCUUCAGUUAUUUGGGAGGAAACUGAUUUCUCAGUCUCUCUAAAAGCUAAACUGAAGAUGCCCUACAGAACUUUAUGAGCCUUAAGUACCAUAAGCAUCUCCCCUCCCAUGAAGCAUGCUCUAGCCUUGAAUCACUAAAGAUGGUGGGCAUGAUUCAUAGAAAAUGUCUGCUGUCCAAGCUGUGUUGAUGUGAAUAGAAUUGUGAAGAGUAGGGUUUGUACAGCAGAUGUUUUCAAGGUGCCCUCAAACUGAUUUCCUUUGUUCUCAUGUACCCCUUUAUGCUCCUCACCCAUCUUCUGCUGGGCUGAGGAAGACGACACUAAUGGUCAUCUGCUUUUUCUGUUACCCGCUGAGUGGAUGCAGAGGGAAUACACUGUCAGGCAGUAGUGUGAUGGGGAAGUUUCCAGGGGCUUAAGGUCCAAAUCCUGAACGAGAUGUUUGAGACAUGUUCAGCAAAAGCAACUGUUGUCUGCCUUUCCCUUUAACAUUACCACUGCCAUCCACUUCUCCCUCUGGAAUGUACUGUAGACUGCCAAGCUAUUACACUGGACUUGAACCCAGCCUCCCUCAACUAGGAGAGCUGCUAGCUUUUUAUCCCCCCAGUAUAAUCUCCUUUGGUAUCUUCUCCUGCAGCAGAGAGCUGCAAUGAGCCACUGCCUGGGUGGGAUCUUGUACCCUUCUAAGGCUUUAACACAUUGAAGGGAGAGGGGGAACCUCACUAGUACCCGCAAUGUGUGAUGUUUGACACUGCUUUAUCCUGCUAACUGCUAAGUCUGCAUACACAAGGAGGGAAGGGGGCGGGACCAACAUCUGUCUCCUAAAGGAAAUCCCAACGUGCUUCAGAAGCAUUUCCAGUGCUGGCAGCAAUGAAACUCACGGCCUCUUUUUUGGUCUUCUUGUCUCAAGAGUUAGACGUUCAGCUUCAAUUUUAUUUUUAAAACCUGCACUAAUUUACCUGGUUUCUUAGGAAGAAAAAAAAGAGAUUUUUUUUAACUUUUAUUUUUAUGCGUUUGUGUUAAUUUUUUUUGUUGUCCGUUUAUAUUGAAUAAUUUGCUACAUUUGUAAAAUGUAAGAGGUAUAUAUAAUAUAUGUAUAUUUCUAACGUAAAAAAUUGAAAAAUUUUCUUUUCAAGAUUUUUUCUUAGAGGAGAGAAAAAAAUAUUUUUUCAGGAAAAUUUUAAAAAAGAAGCAGUGAAAGCUCCUUUCUCCCCUCGCCUCCCUCCUUCCUGACCCUUUUUGAAGAGUGAAUCAACAACAUGUGAUCUUAGAGAAUGGAUGAGCGCAAAGAAGACAGAAUUAUGUGUGUGUUUUUAAUGCAAAGGUCCAUGCUGUUUCUCUUGUUUGGGUUUUUUCUUUUUCUUUUUUUUAACAGCCAGGGGGCCAUUGAGUAGGGAUCCAGAGGGGUAUUUUCUUUUUCUUUUUUCUUUUCUCUAGCAAAGGAGGAAUACAAUCAGAGUUUUGUAUUCAGAAAGUUGUGCAAUAUUUUGGAACAGGACAUUGGUGUGUCUAGAGAUUUAGUUAAAAACAACAAAGGUUGAUCAAAUCUGUACAGUUUCUAUUGUUCCAGAUUUUUUUAAGUUUGUAUUAAAAGCAUGAUAUAUAAUA